AUGGCGGAUACCCCCGAUCUAUACACCCCAGGAGCCCUCUACAUCGCAGGCUUCACCCAAGCCCGCUCGCCACACCUUGGUCUUCUCCUCGCCAAAGACACAACACCCGCAUCCGGCACGCUCUUUCACAUCCGCAUCGACCGCCCCACGCACCCGAACUGGCAGUUCCAGAAACGCACGCAACCUGUGGCCGGCGAUAUGUUUCUCAGUUCUCUCCUACGCGUUCAUGACACCAUCGACGCGGUUGUGGUCGAAGAAGCAGCUCGUUCGGUGCAUGUUCCAGAGAACGACGAGUUUGGGGAGUGCGGACCUUGGGUGUUCAACGUGUUGGAGGUUUUGGGUGAGAAGGGUGUUGUGGAGUUGGAUGAUACGCAGAAGCUUGCGGAUGAGGUGCGCGAGCUCGCUGAAGGGAGUAGGGCGUAUGCGCGGAGAGAUAGGUUCCCAAACGUUAAGGUGUCGGAGCACUGCCGAUGA